AUGCCAUUAAAAAGACGAAAAAUACACAAAAGCCCAGAUAAUGCUUCUAAAAAUAUCUCAAAAGUUCUUAAACAUCCAAAAAACUCUAAAAAACAUGAAAUUAUUCCGGUAUCAACUCUACCAUUAUUUCAAUCUAAAAACAAAUAUCUUGAGUACGAUUCUAUCAUCAUUGAAACUGAAUCAGAAGAUGAUAAAGAAUCUAUACGUUUACAUAAAAAUAUUCAUGGAAAGUGCCAAAAUAUGAUGGUAACAUUUCAUGCUACAAAAAAAAGCAAAACAGAAAAAACAGAUAAACAAAAUGAUGAAAUAUUGUGGUCUGAAAAAUAUAGUCCUUUAACUGUUGAUGAUUUGGCUGUUAGCAAAAAAAAAAUUUCAGAAGUUCGAUAUUGUUUACAAAGAGUAUUAAAACAUAAUUCUCAAAAAAAACUAAUUAUUCUUACGGGUCCAGCAGGUUCAGGCAAAACGUCUACAAUUAAUGUUUUGUCUAAAGAAAUGGGAUUUGAAAUUUUAGAAUGGCAAAAUCCAAUGUCUUUAUUACCAGAAAAUACAGAUUUAGACUAUCAAUCACUAUUUUCAAAAUUUGAAAAUUUUCUUUUAAUGUCAAAACAAUAUUCAUCUUUAGAUUUUGAUCAAACGAUUAAGAAUUCUUCUGAAUCAAAAAUAAUCUUAAUUGAGGAUUUACCAAAUAUUUAUACAUCAUUUUACGACAUUUCUAAAGAAAAUGAUUUUCAGUCACUUAUACUUCGUUACAUUACAUCUUCUAGAAAUAAAUAUCCUCUUGUACUUAUAGUGACAGAAGUAGAUUUUAAAGGAUUUGAUGAAAUGGAUACUAAGGAGGUUCGAGGAUUGAGUAUAAAAAAUUUAUUAGGUAAGACUAUUAUUGAAUCAGAAAAAACUGUACAGAUUAAUUUUAAUCCAAUAACAAAAUUGUCUCUUCAAAAAAUAAUUAAUAGAAUAGUCAAUAUUGAAUACCAUUCACAAAAACCUGAUUUAGAAUUAGUAGAAUCAGUUAUUACAUCAUCUUGUGGAGACAUUCGUUCAGCAUUGAACACUUUACAAUUUAUCUUAGGAAUAAUCAAGAAAAAAUCAGAUACAGAGUUUAUUAAUCAUGCACCUUUUCAGAAAAAUAGUAAAAAACCUAAAUUAUUUAAAAAUCAAAUUUUAUUUAUAAAUUCAAUUACAAGUAGAGAAACUACACUAGGCUUAUUUCAUGCUAUUGGUAAAGUUGUAUACAAUAAACGUGUUGGCGACUCUUUAGAAGACAGACUAGAGAAUACAUUACCCCAAAAUUCUUUGCCUGUUCAUUUAAAAGUUUAUGAAAGACGGGCACUGAAAAUAAAUCCUGAUGAUAUAUUAGACACCAUACCAGUAGACUAUGACACGUAUGUUUUAGCACUCCAUCAUAAUUAUUUAGAUUCUUGUAAUGAUAUAGAACAAGUUGAUUUUAUACUUUCAUCUCUAAGUUAUUCGGAUGCAAUGCUUUCUUCUAAAAAAAUGUGGCAACAUUCUUUACAGCAGCGAAUCUCCUCUUUCGUAGCUAUUUCAAGUAUAUUAAUGGGAUUACCAUCUCCAGUAAAUCGCUCAUCUACAUCAAAAAUAACAUAUCCUGUAUAUCAGAAAAUUUUACAAAAAAAGAAUUUAAAAUAUUAUGAUCUUAUCGACUCUAUUUACGAAAAUUAUUAUAACGAUCAUUAUCUUUCCUGCAAUACUAUGAAAUCACUGGUUUCUAUAAUUACUGAAAUUCUUUCAUAUCAAUUAGUCAUAUCUAAAAAAAACUUAUUAUCAGCUUAUACCCCUUCAUUGAAUAAAAAAGAAUUUCCUGGUUCUUUAUUAUAUGAUAUAAAUGACGAUAUUGAAUUUGAUUAA